UUGACAGGACACAUUGAGGUGUUUUAAUUGUCCAUGUUGUGUCCUGGGCUGCUUCACAGUGGGUUUAGCUGCUUUGUGUUUAAUAUCCACCCUGGAGGGACAGAGGAGGAGUAACGGGAGGAAAACGUGGGAUUUACGGACUGUCCGCUCCUGUAACGGUACUGAAAGUGUUCAGACAUGGGAGCUGUUCUGGGAGCCUUCUCCCUGGCAAGCUGCCUGCCGUGCCUGUGCAGCAGCGCCACCUGUCUGCUGUGCAGCUGCUGUCCCAGCACCAGGAACUCCACGGUGACCCGGAUCAUCUACGCCUUCAUCCUGCUGCUGGGGACCAUCGUGGCCUGCAUCAUGCUGUCCCCGGGGGUCGAUCAGCAGCUGAAAAGGAUCCCUGGCUUCUGUGAAGACGGGGCCGGCUCCUCUAUCCCUGGCAUGCAGGCCGAUGUCAACUGUGAGAUGUUCGUGGGCUACAAGGCAGUGUACCGCAUCUGCUUCGGCAUGAGCAUGUGGUUCCUGGGGUUUUCCAUCCUGAUGAUUAACAUCAAGAACAGCAGAGACCCCCGUGCUGCCAUCCACAACGGAUUCUGGUUCUUUAAGUUUGCUGCCCUGGUGGCAGUUACAGUUGGCGCCUUUUAUAUUCCAGAUGGGCCUUUCACCUACACGUGGUUUGUGGUGGGCUCUGGGGGGGCUUUUUGCUUCAUCCUGAUCCAGCUGGUGCUGCUGGUGGACUUCGCCCACUCAUGGAACGAGUCAUGGGUGGAGAAGAUGGAGACCGGCAGUUCCAGGUGCUGGUACGCAGCGUUGCUGGUGGUCACUCUCAUCAACUACAUCAGGUCCUUUACUGCUGUGGUGCUGUUCUUCAUCUUCUACACAAAGCCUGAUGGAUGCUCCAUCAACAAGUUCUUCAUCAGCUUCAACAUGUUGUUCUGCCUGGUGGCCUCCUUCCUCUCUGUGCUGCCUAAAGUUCAGGAGUCGCAGACCCGUUCAGGUCUCCUGCAGUCCUCCAUCAUCACCCUGUACACCAUGUAUCUCACCUGGUCCGCCAUGACUAAUGAACCUGAUCGAGAGUGUAACCCCAGCCUGCUGAGCCUCUUCCAGCAGAUAGCAGUGCCCACCCUGGCCCCUCUGGAGAUGGAGAACCAGACGGCGGUGCUGAUCCUGGGCCCGGACACAGAGGAGCCCGUCCUUACGUCCCCCUACCUGCCGUGGUGGGAUGCCCAGAGCAUCGUGGGGCUCGCCAUCUUUGUCCUCUGCAUCCUUUACUCAAGAGACAGAUCGAUGAGAUCAAAGACCCGAAGCAGGAUCGGCAGAGGCUUCUGGAUGAGAUCCGCUCGCUGGAGAGCAACAACAAGGAUCUGGAGAGGACCGUCUCUGGAUACGAGACUAGCCAGAACAAGCUUCAGAAGGAGCUGGUUAAGGUCGGUCACAGCAACACUCAGCUGAAGCUCAGCGUCUCCGAGCUGAGGCUCAAAGUGAGGAAUGGAAACAAGGAGAUGCACAAGAUGGCGCAGAAGGUGGAGCAAAGUGACGUUGAAGGAGAAUUUUAUAGGGCUUUCUGUCGGCAGCGUGAGCAUAUGGAGAAAAUGGUCAACGGGCUCAAGACCAGACUGGCCAGAUCUGGUAGGCAGCAUGAUCAGGCCUAUGACAAGAUCCAGAAGGUAAGACAUGCAACAGAUUUAAAAUCUUGGAACAAUCCUAGUCUAUAGUUGUAUUCACAUGACUCGUCGCCCCCCCGCAGAAGAACGUUGGUCUGACCCUCAUAAUAAAUGAGCUGCUUAAAGGAGCUGCUUCUGAAGAAUGACUCCCAACUCCUCCACCGUGCAGAGAGUGCCAUCAUAGCAAUACUGGAUCAAUAAAACAAUUUGUAAUUGUUUCCAUUAUAACUCAUUAUUUCACAGUGGCACAGGAUCAUCUGCCAAUACAAGCACUUUGGUUCAUGUUCAAUCCAUAAUAACAUAUAAAAUUAUAGUUGGAUCUUUUUGUCUUGUUAUUAUUAGCAGAGAAAAUGUAACGUUUGUUCAACUAUAUACAACUAGAAAAUGCAUUUCCUGCAGAAAAUGCGUGCGAAUGCUGUAAACUGUGAACAUUUGUGGCUG